AGGACAAACUCUUUUUAAUGUGCAAGUGUACGCUUAACUAUCAAUUUGAGUCAAACUAAAUAGAGUGACGUUUUAAAUUCAAAUCCGAUAACGCUAAAAUAUCUUUGGCGCCAACGCAGGCAAUUAAUAUUCAAGAAAAUAACUUAAGUGAAUAAAAUCGAGCACAUAUAUCAAACCGAAACAAAUGGACACUAAAGCGAAUAAAUUACAUAAAAAGGCAAUACGUGACCAGCAAAAACGCAUGAAACCUGGAGAAUGUCAGAAGUAUGUGCGCCUAGUUUUGGACAACGAGAUACUAUUUAACAGCACUACAGGUCUUGGAAGCCAAUUACUAUCGGAAAUAGAGCAACAUCAACUGAAAUAUGUAGUCCGUAGCUUGCCAGCGAAAAUGUGUAUAUUGUGGGAACGCCAAUCAGGACAACACGAAUUAAAGCCCACAGAUAAUGCAACACAGUCUUUGAGUGCUCAGUGGGACAUGGAGAAUCAAGUUAUCCAGUUCCAGACUGCAGAUGAGCUAAAGAAAAAUACAGCAGUAGAUCAAAUCGCUCAAAAUCUCCGAUCACUUUUUCCCAACGCGAAACCCACGGUAGCGGUAUUGGCCCAGUGCGAUAAAAAUUCAGAUUCAAGUACUCUUACGGCUGCGCUCAUAGACUUACAAGUAAUACACCAAGUAGCAACCUUGGAGAUACCUCCCGUAGCCAGCGAAGUAGCGGCAAUGUUACGUCGUUUCACCAAAGCCAUUGCAGAAGCACCAUACAAGCAACAAAAGUCCGAACAUUUGGACACAUUCAAGAAAUUCCUAGCGAACGAUAAGAAACAAUGUGUACGCGUGGUGGGAACCAGCGGUUUUGGACGUCUGUGGCAACAACACUUGAAUCGCUUACCUUUGGUUACCUUGGAAGUAGCGGAAACUAUAAUCGCUCAAUAUCCAUGCCCAAAGCGACUUUUGGACGCAUACGAACGGGAUGCGAAAGAAGAGAAAAAAAGAAUGGCCGAUUUAAGGAUCAAUCGUGGAGGCCCGCAACCAUUUCAAGCAGAUAGACGCAUUGGAAACGUGCUAAGCGAAAAAUUACAUCUACUAUAUACUAGCAGAGAUCCAAAUGCGAUUAUUUAAUAUUUUUUAAGGUGACACCUGCACUUACACUAUAGAAAAUGACUCAUACACUAACAUAUUUACAUAAGAGAAUUUAGAUAAGUUUUAUAUUUUUCAUUUGUUUAUUUAGUUGCGUUCUUAACGUUAGUCAUAUAUUAACAUUAGGCUUCUCAUAUAUGUACGUACGUAAUUAGUCAUUUGGUCAUUAAUUUUAAUAUGAUUUAAUGUAGUUCCUAAGACUAAAUAUUUUUAAGUAUAAUAAUUAUUAAAUAUAAUACCAUAAUACCGUAAGUUAGAAUAUUAUUUGAUUAUACACAAUUGCUAAUAGUAUUUAUUAAUUAUAAUUAAAAAUCACAUAUUUGCAUAUUCCGUAAUUUUGUUAAAAAUAUUCACUAAUUUUUUGCUAUCCUUGUAGUAUAUAUUUGCUUAAGUAAUUUGACAAAUUGUACAUUGAAAACGCUGUGGCCACGACCGGCUGCCAAUAAAUUUGUGAGAUACUCGUAUUAAUAAUCUUUUGUUUUUGGUAAUUUCUGUCAUCCCUAAGCGAUUGCUCGCGUUCAGUAAAAAUAUAAUAAGCAAUAGAAAUGUAUGUAGUUAUAUAAUUAGGUGUUUAGAAAAAAAACAAAAUAACUGUCUUAUGAAGUGUACAUACACAUAUGCAGACAUUAAUGGAAUAUUAAAAUCUUAGCUAGUUGUUUAACUGUUUUUUUUUUUUUGUCUUGUAUUUCCGGUUUUCUUGCCAAGUUGAUAAUAAUUUGGAGAGAAAGUUUGGGAUGCACAUAAAUUAAAGGACUAGCAAAAUGUUUUAAUCAGCGAAGGGUACCAACUGGCUGCAAGUCUUCCACCUCAGCGAUAGCGAAUUCAUACAUUUCCUGAGGCAUCCUUUAUUUAAACAAAAGCAGAUGGUAGUUUUUCACGAAC